CGUCUCCUACCAUCGUAGUUUGUUUCUAGCAGCUUUAUCAUCUGUGAACGUCGUUGGGGUAGUAGGGCGUUUGGUAAUUUAGAAAGUGCAUUGAUGUGAUUUGGCUUGAAGCUUGUUAAUUUUGUGGUGUGAGAAUAUAAGAGUUCAAAAAGAUAUAAGAUGGAAAUGAAGGGCGGUAAGGAAAAUCCAAAAGAAUUUACAGAUGGUAACAUCCACUUAACACAGAAAGAAAGUGGCGACCACCUGCCAGACAAGUCCAGAGGUUCGAAGGAAAAUGGUGAACCAGAUGAUGGCGCUGACGAAAAGUUGGUCACUGGAGAUGGUGUAGUAAAAACAAGUAAAGAUGCGUCUGAAGUGAAAUUUAUCUCCAUUGAUUCCCAGAAUGGUGAUGCAAAAAUUGAUAUUGAAAAUAUGAAAAUUGCGUUUGCUGGCAUGGGCAAGGAAGAGCUGAUGAAAUUUGCACAUGAUCCUUUCUGGGUUCGACUCAGGUGGUUCCUUUUCAUAUUUUUCUGGUUACUUUGGGCAGCAAUGCUAGCAGGUGCAAUUGCUAUUAUUGUUAUGGCCCCUAAAUGUGCUGCGCCAGCUCCUUUGAAAUGGUGGGAACAAAGUCCCUUGUACCAGGUGUUUCUUCCAGCUUUCAAAGAUGGCGGAGAAAUUCUGGGUGGAACUGGAGAUCUCAAAGGCUUUCAGUCAAAACUUGAUUAUAUUAAGAAUCUCGGUGUAAAGGGAGUUGCACUUUCAUCAGUUCUAAAAGUGUCUGCUGAUGGAUCAGAUGAGGCUGUUGAGGACUUUCAGGAUGUGGACCCACGGUAUGGGACUGUUGCAGAGUUUAAAGCAUUGAUUACAUCAUUGAAAAGCAAGGGUCUUCAUAUGGUGCUGAGCCUUGUACCAAAUCACUCAAGCAAGAAACAUCCAUGGUUUGUCAAAUCAGAAAGGAAUGACUCACAGUACAAAGACUACUACGUCUGGUCUUCUGGUCCUCCAAAGUACGAUUCAGAGGGCAAACCAGAACCACCAAACAACUGGAAAAGUGUGGUGGGAGGUUCAGCUUGGGAAUGGAGUGAUAUGAGGAAGGCAUUCUAUCUGCAUCAGUUCAGUGUUGAUGAACCUGAUCUCAAUUUCACAAACUCUUUUGUUAUAGAAGAAUUCAAGGAGAUAUUCAAGUUCUGGAUGGAUCUUGGUGUCUCUGGUUUGCAACUGGAGAAGGUUGAGUAUCUUCUGGAAGAUUCUAGUAGACAAGAUGAGGUUCCUAGGGCUCCACCUGGUACAACUCAUGAUGAAUAUGACUUCUACAAUCAUGCAAGAACAGUGAACCAACCAGGAAUUUUGGGGAUUUUGGCAGAAUGGAAGGAAGUUAUCCAGAAUUAUACAGAUGGUACAAGGAUGCUCUCUGUUGUGGGCAAUUUACUUGUGGACUCUCUUGUGGAUCAAAACAGCAACAUUUCCAUUGCCCCCGUUGAUCUCCUACAUGCAGAUAGAGAAUUUUCGCAGUUGAGAAACAGCUUUAAUGCAUCUGACCUUAAUAAGAUAAUUCAGAAAUAUCUUGACAAACUUCCUAAUGAUACACGUCCAACCUGGGAGCUUAGCACAUCUCUGUCGUCACGGGUUGCUUCUCGUCUAUCUUCCGAUUAUGUGGAUGCAUUGAACAUGAUAGCCAUGCUUUUGCCUGGAACACCCAUCACUUUGUAUGGAGAAGAGAUUGGUAUGGAAGAUGCUUCAGGGAGUGUGAAACAUCCAGCGAGAUGUGUCAUGUCUUGGAGUAAUGCCACUAAUGCAGGUUUCAGUGAGGUUCCUGUUCCAGUUUACCACACCAGUAAAAACUAUGAAACUGUAAAUGUUGAAGCAGAGACUGCAGCUGCUGGUAGCAGUCUGUCGGUGUACAGGGAACUUGUUGAGGCUCGCAAUACACCAUCCAUCAUGUAUGGCACAAGGGAAUUUGCUGUCAUCGGCAAUGACACAGUGUUCUCUUUCACCAGGAUUUGGAUCAAAAGUGGCAACCCUGGGUACCUGGUUGCUUUCAACACGGCCGACAAGGAAGUCACAGUCAGUUUUAAUAAGCUGAAGCAUGUGCCAGAGGAGCUUAAUGUCUUGAUCAAGAGCUCCAAUUUCAACAGCACUGGCAUCAAAGCAAAGUCAAAACUGAACAGAGAUUCUGUUUGUUUGUCUGCCAGAGGUGCAUUGGUUGCAACCUUUGUACCUAAAGUGGAAUAGAACUACUCGUUUUAAAAAAAGAGGUAUAUGUCAUUUUAUUUUAUAAUGUGCAUAUUUAAUUUGAUAUUUUGCAUUUUUAGUGUAUUGUAUUCCAGGCUUAACAUGCAUUUCAGACAGAUGAAUAUCUUCAUGUAAACCAAAACAUUCCAGUUGUAUUCCAACAAUAUUUUAUUUUGCUUCAAUAAGUCAUGUAUAUGAAAAUAAAGUAGUUUCAGCAUUGCA